AUGGAUGAAAUCCCUCUGCCGAUUUCACAAGCAAGCUCGCAUCUUGCUCUAGAGCCCGUAGUGGCCUCGACGGUCUUGAACGGCGAAAGAGAGCGGCGGAUCUCCAACCAGAAGCUCGGAGCAUGCCGAACCGGGUGUGACGACAUAGAUGACCAUGUCCUCAUGGGGGGACUGGAGCGCGGGUCGGUUGUCGGCUUGAGUUCUGAACGGGAAGAUGAGUUUGGUCUGGUGCUUGCGGUGCAGAUUCUAGCGCACUCGCUCUCUCAGGGCGUGAUCAGACGGGUGCUUGUCAUCACUCCUAAACCGGCCACCACGAUUCUGCCAGUUCUGCGAGAUGGAAUCACGGCAGAACUGGCUGCAAGGGAGCCAGAAUGGAAGAAGACCAGUUCUACCCAUAGAACUGCCAAAGUCAGAGACGCCCUCGAAAAGGUGAUGCUCUCCUGCGUGUUUGAUAUGGACGGGCUCUGGGAAGUGCUGGCUGAUCUGGAGCGCCCCGACCCAACUCCCGUUCAGAAAGUAGAGGAGAUCCAGGACAGCGAGGACGAGGACGAUGAUGAACUGGGAGAAGAGAACGGGGCGGAGGACUCAUCCGCCGCCACCCCAGCAAUAGAGAAGACGGCACCAGGCAUGAUCGUCAUCACACACUUCUCCUCCCUCCUCUCCGCCCUCUUCUCCCACCGCUCCUCCGCGGCCGCCCACGCCAAGCUCCAGCUCCUGGCCUCGCACGUGCGCCGCCUCUCGCGCUCGCUGCCCUCUAACCCACUGAUCCUCAUCCUCAACUCCACAAACACGGCCGUUGAUACCUCCUCCUCCUCCUCUACCAGUACGACACCGGGGCCGACGGCUCCUCCCCCUCCCUCAACGGCGUACCCGUCGGAGCGGCAGCGGAAGCAGCUCGACCCGACCCUCCGCUCCAUCUUCCACAACCCGCAGCCGUCGUCGUCGUCGGCAAACUACGGCGAGGGUAACCCAGCCGCCCGCCGCUACACCGUGACCAAGCCGGCGUUUGGGCUCGUGUUCGCCCAGCUCCUCGACCUGCACCUGCUCUGCACGCGGGUGCCUCGCUCCAGGAAGGACUCGGAGCUGCUGGCUGGCGUGCGUACACCCGCCGCGGUACAGAGGGACCGGGAGACGGUGGAGUUUGUCACCGUGGUGGAGGUGUUGCUCGAUGAGAUGGGGGUGUGGAAGGAAACGACGACGGACGGUGGGGGCGACGCCGACGACGAUGUGAGGAAAUGGGCAAGGAGGAACCGGGAGCAGAGAUGGGGGCCGGUCGUAGUAGACGGCGGGCGUGUUGUAGAGGCGUUUUCUGGAGCGGCGUCAACCAAGACUACGAAUACUGAACCUGUGCGAGUCCAUGGGGGGUUUGGAGGUCCACGAGUUUAG